AUGGCUGAUAACGAUCAAUAUCGAAGUCAAUCACAAACUCGUGUAACACCACCACCACCAAGACGAGAGUCUGAACUCAGAACGAACUCCGCUCAACUUCAACAACCACAUGCAGGUUCAAACCGACAAGACGCCGAACAUAGUUUAAAUUUGUUGGAACAUUUAUCUGACGAUCUGGCUAAUUUACUCAAUCGAACAGAUAUUAGCGAUUGCUUUCUCAAAGUUGACGGAACUUUUAUGGCUGUUCAUAAAUGUAUUCUUGCUGCUCGUUCAAAUGCCUUUGCCGCUGUUAUUUCUGGUAAAUUCAAUCGGCUAGAUUCAACCAUACGAGAACAGUUGGAAACGUUAACAGAGAAAGAAAAACUGGUUAUUGUCAUUGAUAAAACUGACCCUGAAAUCAUGAAACAGGUUGUUGUUUUUAUGUACACUGGGAAAUGUGAACUCAACGAAGGCAAUGCAUUUUAUCUUCUCGAAGCUGCUGGUCGCUAUGACAUCAAAGACCUAAAAGUACAUACAGGUCGAUUUCUUGUUAAUCGCAUUGAUUCGAACAAUGUUCUUACAUUGCUCAGAGCAGCGUACAAAUACAACAAUAAAUUGGUCAAACAAUACUGUAUUGAACAUUUUAUUACUCAUGCUAAAGAAGUAAUGGAUCAACAUGAAUUAUGGAAAAAGUUUGCUGAAGAACAACAACCGAUCGUUGCCGAACUUCUGCACUGGCAUGUCAAUCGAGACUUGUUCUAUUCUGAAAAACCUCAAUGGGACGCAAAUUCACGUUGGUAA